AUGCCAGAAGCGUUGAAUGAUGUGUGCGAAACAUAUGGCUCAUUGGCACGUAUCGGACUAAAUGAUCUGAUUUGUAGUGAUACUGAUUUCAUUCGACGUAUGGGUACUGCAAAGUUAGGAUAUCGUCGAUCGAGAUUUUAUAGUUCUUUCGCUUUCAAUCCUGAUCAAGAUACUAUAUUAUCGACUGCAGAUGAGAAAAUUCAUGCCGACCUGAAAAUGAAGACUGCUGCAGGUUAUUCGGGCAAAGAUGUUGAAAACCUUGAACAAUCAAUUGAUAGGCAACUCAAUGCAUUCAUUAAUUUGAUUGAGCGAAAAUAUCUUUCAACGCCAACCAGUUUCCGACCCUUUGAAAUUGCUAAGAAGAUUCAAUACUUCACAUUGGAUGCAAUUACAGAUGUGGCUUUUGGGACGCCUUUCGGGUGUAUUGCUCAAGAUGACGAUAUGUAUGAUUACAUCAAGACUGUUGAACAACUACUACCGGCUGCUGUAGUUGCAGGAGUCUUGCCAGUUGCAAAAGUUAUUGUUGCGAAGCGAUUUGGAGAAUCAGAAGAGGUCCAGAAUGAUAUGCUUGGUUCUUUCAUUGCCCACGGACUCACUCAAGAAAAAGCCAAUUCCGAGACACUGCUUCAGGUAAUCGCUGCUGCUAUUGAUGAAGGCGUCAAAAAUGGCAAAAUAUCUUCCCUGGUAACUGAUAAUGAAGCAAGAGCCAUUCCUUAUUUGCAAGCAGUUACCAAGGAAGGUCCUCGGAAGUUUCCUGUAAUCGCUGGACUUCUACCAAAAAUGGUACCUGAAGGCGGCGAUAUUAUUAAUGGCUUUAGUAUCCCAGCUGGAACAGACGUUUCACUUAGUUUAACUACUAUUACGCAUUCGAAAGCUACGUUUGGGCCAGAUGCACAUAUUUUCAGGCCAGAAAGGUGGCUCGAAGGUGGCGACAAUGAUAAACUAAGAACAAUCAAUCUCGCAGCCGAUUUAGUAUUUGGAUCUGGGAAAUGGUCUUGUUCCGGGAAGAAUAUAGCUAUGAUGGAAAUGGGAAAGGUUCUUGUGGAAUUAUUCCGAAGAUUUGAUAUAUCCUUGGUAAAUCCGACCAAGCCGUGGAAGUCGUUCAGUGCCGGGGCAUAUAUACAAUCCGAUCUUUUAGUUCGGUUCGCGAAGAGAACACAUUGA